UUUUUCUUUUCUCUCUCAAUCUCCCGAUCAACGAAACAGAAUGGCUCGCAUGGUGAGAGCGAGCUCUAGUCUCUCUUACCCGGAGAGAUUCUACGCCGCCGCAUCGUACGUCGGCCUCGACGGAUCUCAAUCGUCGGUGAAACAACUCAGCUCCAAAUUCUCCAGCGAUACCGCUUUGCUUCUCUACGCGUUGCACCAGCAGGCUACUAUAGGACCUUGUAGUAUUCCAAAACCUAGUGCGUGGAAUCCUGUAGAGCAAAGCAAAUGGAAAAGUUGGCAGGGGCUUGGAACAAUGCCCUCCAUCGAGGCAAUGCGUCUCUUUGUGAAAAUUUUAGAGGAAGAAGAUCCUGGUUGGUAUCCAAGGGCAUCAAACUCUGUUCCAGAUACUGCUGUAGAUUUCCAAAUCAAUAAUACAAUGGCCGAGUCUAGUUUUGAGAGUGGAGCUUCAUUUGGUGAGAUAAAGAAGAAUUCUACUGAGGAUGGGGGAUUGACGAAAACCCAAGAUAAAGAUGUUGUAUUGGAAGACCCAAAUACUGUUUCUGUUUAUAAUCAGUGGACUGCAUUACGAACAUCAGGUCAGCCACCAAAAGCUCGGUACGAGCAUGGAGCAGCGGUUAUUCAAGAUAAGAUGUAUAUGUAUGGUGGAAACCACAAUGGGCGUUAUCUAGGUGAUCUUCAUGUUCUAGAUUUGAAAAACUGGACUUGGUCAAGAGUUGAAACCAAGGUUGUAACUGAAUCACAGGAAACUUCAUCUCCAGCAAAACUAACUCACUGUGCUGGUCAUUCUUUGAUACCUUGGGAAAACAAGCUUCUAUCUGUUGGUGGUCAUACAAAGGAUCCCUCAGAAUCCAUGAUAGUGAAGGAAUUUGAUCUGCAUAGCUGUUCAUGGUCAAUCUUAAAGACAUACGGGAAGCCACCGAUUUCGCGUGGAGGUCAGUCAGCAACCCUUGUGGGAAAGAGCUUGGUGAUAUUUGGUGGCCAGGAUGCAAAGAAAUCACUUCUGAACGAUUUGCAUAUACUUCAUCUAGAUACCAUGACCUGGGAUGAGAUAGAUGUCUUGGGUUCUCCUCCAACUCCAAGGUCUGAUCAUGCUGCUGCGGCGCACGCUGAGCGUUACCUUCUGAUCUUUGGUGGAGCAUCACAUGCAACUUGCUUUGAUGAUCUACAUGUCCUCGAUCUGCAAAGUAUGGAGUGGUCAAGACAUACACAACAAGGUGAAGCACCUACUCAACGAGCUGGACAUGCUGGUGUGACAAUUGGUGAAAAUUGGUAUAUUGUUGGUGGUGGAGAUAACAAAACCGGGGCAUCUGAGACUGUUGUAUUAAAUAUGUCAACUCUUGCGUGGUCAGUAGUCACUUCAGUUCAAGGACGUGUACCUCUAGCUAGCGAGGGAUUGAGUUUAGUUUUGAGCUCAUACAGUGGCGAAGACGUAAUCGUCGCUUUUGGUGGAUACAAUGGAAGUUACAACAACGAGGUUAAUGUUUUUAAACCAAGCCACAAAUCAAGCUUGAAAUCCAAAAUUAUGGGAGCUUCUCCUGUUCCAAAUAGUUUUUCCGCUGUUAAUAACGCCACAACUAGAGAUAUUGAGUCUGAGAUUGAGCUGAGCAGAGAAAGCAAAGUAAGGGAAAUUGUCAUGGACAAUGUUAACCCCAGAUCAAAGGUUGGAGGAACAAGUGAACGCGUUAUCACAAUCCUUAAAUCCGAGAAAGAAGAACUGGAAGCAUCACUCAACAAGGAGAUGAUACAAACUCUGCAACUAAAGGAAGAGUUAGCAGAGAUAGAUACACGGAAUACAGAGUUGUACAAGGAACUUCAGUCUGUGCGAAGUCAACUUGCAGCAGAACAAUCAAGGUGUUUCAAACUAGAGGUUGAAGUUGCAGAGGUAAGACAAAAACUUCAGACAAUGGAAACACUUCAAAAGGAACUCGAACUCCUCCAACGUCAAAGAGCCGUUGCGUCUGAACAAGCUGCGGCCAUGAACGCCAAACGACAAAGCUCUGGUGGCGUCUGGGGUUGGCUCGCUGGAACUCCUCCGCCUAAAACAUGAUUUUUUUUUUGUUUCCGGUACUUCUUAAUUUGUCACUCCCAAUUUCUUAUUCAAUAUCAGUAUUUACUUAGAAAGAACAAAAAUAGAGAUAAGACGAAUAUAAAUGUCUCCUUCUCAGGCAUGGUUCAUAGUGAAAUAAUAAGGUCUAAAUACCAUACGAUUGAGCUUUAUUAUU